AUGGAAGGAUCAAAUGAUAGGAGUUGGAUGCACAAUCGCAUAGAUGAUUCAAGGUCAAUCACUUUACAAUUCCAACAUGGAAAUGAAAGGUUCAUACAGUUUGCAAUUGAAAAUAGCACCAACUCAACGACUGAGUUUCGUUGUCCUUGUAAGAAGUGCAAGUGUACGAAAUUUCAUAAUGCAGACACAGUGAGGGUGUAUUUGUGUAAGUACAGCUUCAUGCCUGAUUAUUAUUGUUGGUCGAGUCAUGGAGAAUCUCAUCCGAAUCCUCCCCCAGUGGUUGAAAGACACUCAUAUUAUGGCGGAAGUGGUCAACGAGAUAACUAUGAACAAUAUGAGCAAUUGAUCAUGGAUGCUGCAGGUCCACAUAUUGGAGCGCACCUACAGGGUGACACAGAUGAAAUUCAACAGUUAAUGCAUGAAGAUCCUAAUCCGGAAACACAACAAUUUUUCAACAUGCUUCAAGCUUCCCAACUUCCAUUGUGGGAUGGUUGUGAGACACACACCACCUUAUCUGCUUGUCUGACAGCCCUAAGCUUGAAAACAGAUUAUCGAAUGACUGAGGGGUGCUUCAAUCAAUGGAUGAAGUUUGUUGGAGAUGUCUUGCCAAAAGGGCAUUCCAUGCCAAAGGAUUUUUAUAAUGCAAAAAAAUCUGUGAAGAAUCUCGGUCUUAAAGGAGAGAAGAUACAUUGUUGCCCCACUGGAUGCAUGUUGUUCUAUAAAGAACAUUCACAACUUGUUAAAUGUGAAUUUUGUGGGGAAAAUCGAUAUAAAUAUGUAACAAAAAAUGGAAAGGAGAAAGCUUCAGCAGUAAAAAAAAUGUGGUACUUCCCCCUUGUACCUAGGCUUCAAAGAUUAUACUCUUCAGAGCAGACAGCUUGUUAG